AUGGAUAUUCUACAGUUCGCAGUGUCACUUUUGACCGAGAAGGCAUCAAAUCAUGAUGUAGUCACGGCGGUCUUUGUGGCGCUGCCGGAAGGUCUAGUACUGGACAUCUUAGUUGAGUCAGCCACACCCCGAGUUGGGGCGGCUCAGCGCCUACGGCCCGCAGGCCUGAGCGUUUAUAUGUACUGCAUACACUCAGAGAACUACUGGCCCGUCUCCAAAGAAAUGCACAAGUUUCCACAACAUUACAGUCCUGUCCUUUUCGUGGGCGACUUUCAUUCAUUGUUAGUCCCUGGAGGAAUAGAAAUAUGCGACCUGUUGCAGAAAAUCCUCAAAGAAAUCGAAGAGAUCCUGACAGAUGCUCUUACAAUACUGUCCUGUAACACAGACCUGAUCACUGACGAAGAACAAAAGUCAUCCAGCCAGGAGUUCAGCAGGUGCCGUGCAUAUAUUGUAUUGUCUCAAAGGCUCAUAAACGUUCGUGUCGAGUUGAACAAGUACACGGCGUACCACAGGUUGACCGAGCAAGCAUGCGCGACGCAACGGGAAAAAAACUUCAGGAUGGGAUUCCUUGCAGCGGCCGCAGCAUGUGAAGUACCCGCAGUGGAUACUGGAACUAGGACGUCUCAUGAGAUCUGA